GGCACCGUUCAGUGUUUUCCGUAGUCAUCGUCGUAUAACUGGGCAACUGUAAAGAGUGGACUACAUCCACGCGAAAAGGGCCUUCUGUUUAUUUGUUUGCCUUUUUUAUCUAGCGUCAAAAUGCCACUGGAAAAUCUGGAGGAGGAGGGUCUGCCUAAGAACCCAGAUCUGAGGAUAGCUCAGCUGAAGUUUCUGCUCACAAUGGAAGGCCACCGAGACGAUGAGAAAGUGAAGACCGAGCUAAUGGAUGCUAUCAAAGCUAACAAUAUGGCUCCCUAUUAUGAGGGCCUGUGUAAGGAGCUGAAGUGGCCGCUAGACUCUGACCUGCUGAGCAAAAUGAAAAAGGCCAACGAAGAGGAGCUGAAGCGCCUGGAUGAUGUGCUGGAGGAUGCAGAGAAGAACCUGGGAGAGAGUGAGAUCCGGGAUGUCAUGAUGGCUAAAGCCGAAUAUUUAAUCAGAAUUGGAGAUAAGGAGGGCUCUCUAACAGCUUUCAGGAAGACCUACGACAAGACUGUGGCUCUUGGUCACAGGUUAGACAUAGUCUUCUACCUGCUGAGGAUCGGGCUUUUCUACAUGGACAGUGACCUCAUCACCCGCAACUCAGAAAAGGCAAAGAGUCUCAUUGAAGAGGGAGGAGACUGGGACAGGAGGAACCGUCUGAAGGUGUACCAGGGCCUUUACUGCGUGGCCAUCAGGGACUUCAAGCAGGCUGCAGAGCUCUUCCUCGACACCGUCUCUACCUUCACCUCAUACGAGCUCAUGGACUACAAGACCUUUGUUACUUAUACAGUUUACGUCUGCAUGAUUGCCCUGCAAAGGCCCGACCUCCGUGAGAAGGUGAUAAAAGGGGCUGAGAUUCUGGAAGUGCUGCACAGCCUGCCUUCUGUCCGCCAGUAUCUAUUUUCCUUGUACGAGUGCCGUUACUCCGUGUUCUUCCAGUCUUUAGCUCUGGUGGAGCAGGAGAUGAAGAAAGACUGGCUCUUUGCCCCACACUACCGCUACUACGUAAGGGAGAUGAGGAUCCAGGCUUACAGCCAGCUGCUGGAGUCCUACCGCUCCCUUACGCUGGGAUACAUGGCAGAGGCCUUCGGUGUCAGCACAGAGUUCAUUGACCAGGAGCUAUCCCGAUUCAUAGCUGCCGGACGUCUGCACUGUAAAAUUGAUAAUGUUAACGAGAUUGUGGAAACCAAUAGACCUGAUAGCAAAAACUGGCAGUACCAGGAAACCAUCAAAAAAGGCGACCUGCUGCUCAACAGAGUGCAGAAGCUAUCAAGAGUCAUUAACAUGUAACUACGGCGGCCAUCUUUAUUUCAGUGAUGUUUCCCGUUGAUUACCCAAACCUGUUAUUUGUCUGACAAAGUGGCUUAUAUUGUGUAUAUAAUAAACCUGUUUACCUAAAA